UUUUUCACAAUCACUUCGACGCUGAUGAAAUAUUUGUGGGACUCCUGGAUGUGAAUUUUGAUGUAAACUUGGACAUUCUUGGACUCGUAAAGUAAGUACUACUAUUUAAAUGUGGGUGGAGAGGUGGAUAAAUAUGUGAUUAUUUUAUUAAGUAACAUAUAUAAGCUACUUGCUCAAAAGUAUUUGAAUGUUACACCUAUAUGAGCGUUCCAAUUCAUUGCAAAAGGUGUUUAGUGGGAUUGAGGUCAGGGCUUUGUGCAGGCCAUGCCAGUUCCUCAACACCAAACUUGUCAAAUUGUUUCUUUAUGGAUCUCUCUUUGUACACAGGGACACAGUCAUAAUGGAAGAGUAUGUGGCAAGACCUUCCACAAAAUGUUGUACACAGACACACCAAUAUGAUCUUUAAUUGGAACUAAGGUGGGAGAAUGAGGCGCAAAUAAGGAAUCUGUGAGAAUGAGACAAAUCAAGGGGACUGGGGUAAUGAGAAACAGAGGGAACAGAGGGGUGGCAAAAUGCAUCUUUGUCUGUGUAUCCAAAAAUCCUUGCACUGUCCCUGGACUUAGAACAAAGACAGUGUCAGUGGGCCAAAGACAGCACUUUGGAAGAACCCAUUGUCUAUGGAAAUUUCAUGAGUAGGAAUUAAUAUACAUGGAAGUAAUGAAAAUGGCUGGAACACCUGAACUUGAUAAUGAGAAGAGGUGUCCACAUAUUUUUGUAAUUUGUAUGUUGUAUACAUUGGCCCCAGAGCACCCUGUAAUAUAUGCAUGUUCAGGUGAGUGCAACCCUAGCCAUCUUUGGUUCCAUGCACACACAUACAUACAUGAAACCUGAAGAAUGUCAGAGAGGAUGGGCUGAAGGAAGGAACUGGGUGCCGUGGAAUAAAGGCCAUGCUGCCAUUGAUCAUCUCUUGCCAGCACGCUAUUCUAAUAUUAGCCAGGCUGGCUCUACCUGAGGUGGACAGCAAAGGGUUUUAACGCUUCAUGUCCAGCAUUUCAAACUGUAAUGCUGCACAUACAUAUGCCAAGCACCAUGACCACUUCCAAUCACUAAAGUGGUCAUGGUCUUGGAGUAACCCUUAAAGUGAAAGCUGAUGUUAUUAAAACAAACAUACCAUUCAGUUUAUUGCAUAAAUACAAUUUAUAAAUUUCAGGGUUACAUUCUAAUUUUGCUUAUCCACUGUUUUGUUUUACUUUGCCCACUUUACUUUCUUAAUGUAUAAAAUGGAACCUGUUCUUUUCUAUGUUCUUGUAGGGUCACUAUCAAGGGUAUAGACGUUAAUUUAGCACUAAUACAUGCAUCUACAGAUGACAGUGACGUGGUAGUUUUGGUGUUUGAUGGAAGCAUUAAUGCUGCCGUAACUUCGUGAGUAAAUUUUAUUUUUUUUAAAAUACAGUUAAAGGAACAGCACACACACAGACAAAAAUACAGUUUUUCAUUUAACAAGGCUACUUAAAAUCACCUAUCUUAGCAAAUAAAUAUGGGGAUUCAGUUCCACCAUGUGGCCAUAUUGUGUUAAGCUCACCCCUACAUCACAGUACCCCAAUAAACACUCUUAGCACCAAAACCACUACACCUUAGUAUUAGCGGGUUUGGUGCAAAGUCAAGCAGUUAGCCAACAGAGACACUUCCUUGUUAAGACUUUCAAUAAUUAAAAGUCUUCACAUUUGGCAUAGCUGACUUAUUUGGAUGCUUCUUAUAAAAGUACAGUGGUUGUUGGACAUGCACAGUUAGCCCUUAAGACUUCUAUAUGAGAAGAAUUGGAUUAGACCAUAAACCAUCCAUAAGGAUGAUCUGAGAAGAUGAGUAGCAGCUGCCUAGCAGAAACUGUCUUGGAUGUAGGGAGUAAACACUAAAAAAAAUAACUUUUAUUUUAAAAACGUGUGAAAGGGGAACCCUGCUGUUAAAAUUAAAGUGCACUCCCACAGUAAAAAUGUAUUAUUAAGUGUUCUUGCAUAGCAAGACCACUUAACCCCUUAAGGACUGGACUUUUUUUGCGAUGUUGUACAUUUGCGACCAGGCCUCUUUUUACACUUUUGUGGUGUUUGUGUUUAGCUGUAAAUUUCCACGCUCUCAUUUACUGUUCCUAUACAAAUUUAUAUAUUGUUUUUUUCAGGACAAAAAAGGCUUUCUUUACAUACCAUUAUUUAUAUAAUCUCAUGUAAUUUAAUUUAAAAAAAAAAAUAUGAUGAAACAUUGAAAAAAAUACAUGUUUUUUGACUUUUACUUGAAAAAUCUUUUACUCAUCUACAAAAGCGAAUAAAAUAACUGCUAAAUAGAUUCAAAAUUUUGUCCUGAGUUUUAAAAUACCCAGUGUUUGCAUGCUUUUUAGGGCUAUAGGUACAAGUAUGAUAUUGCGGUUUCAAAACAUAAAUUUUUUCAAAUUUAUCAAUAGUGACAUUGUAACACUAUUAUCUGUCAUAACUCUCUGAAUAACACCCCAUAUGUACAUAUUUUUUUUUAAAGUAGACACCCCAGGGUAUUCAAUAUGGAGUAUGUCCAGUUUUUUUUAGUAGCCACCUAGUCGCAAACACUGGCUAAAUUUAGCGUUCAUAUUUGUUUGUGUGUGAAAAAAGUAAAAAACUAAAUUGAAUGCUAAUUUUGGCCAGUGUUUGUGACUAAGUGGCUACUAAAAAAUACUGGACAUACCUCAUUUGCAAUACCUUGGGUUGUCUUCUUUUGCAAAUGGUAUGCCAUCAUGGGGGUAAUUAUCAUUCCUGGGCUACCAUACGCUCUCAAAGGCAACGUAACCAACCUGGCCAUUUUCAAUGUAAAAAUAUUUGACCCAUAUAUUUGACCCUGUAACUUUCAAAAUCUCUAUAAAAUCUGUACAUGGGGUGUACUGUUAUACUCGGAAGACUUUGCUGAACACAAAUAUUAGUGUUUAAAAAUAGUAAAACGAAUCACAACAAUUAUAUCAUCAGUAAAAGUGCUGUUUGUGUGUGAAAAAUGCGAAAAAGUCACUUUGACUGACAAUAUCAUCGCUGUGAUAUGUUUUACUGUUUUGAAUCACUAAUAUUUGUGUUCAGCGAAGUGUCCCAAGUAAAACGGUAACCCCCAUGUACAGGUUUUAGGGUGUCAUAAAAAGUUACAGGGUAAAAUAUAGUGCUAGCAAAUUAAAUUCUCUGGACUUUCGGCCUGGGUUGGCAGGCAGUUCCCUCAAAUUGCAAUUAAUAAAAUUACUUAAUUAUGUAAAAAUAUUACAUAAAUAUGCAAGUAGAAAUGUAUAUUUCAUAUUAUUUUUAUUUAUUUAUAUAUACAAUUUCAUUCUAAGUGUAUUUUGAUAUAAAUAUAUAUAUAUUUUAAUAUCAAAAUACAGUUAGAAUAAAAUUUCAUAUAGAUAUAAUUUAAAAAAAUAAUUAUUAUUAUUUUUCAUUUUUUAUUUAAUUUAAUCUACUUAUUAUUUGUAUUUUAUAAUAUAUAUAUAUAUAUAUAUAUAUAUAUAUACAAUAUAUAUAGUUAUUAUAGAUAUUAUAUAUACACGUGUGUAAUUUAAUUACAAGUGUAUUUUUAUAUUAAUAUAUGUACAUAUUAAUAUAAAAAUACACUUAGUAUGACAUUAUAUAUAUAUAUGAUAUAUAGACAUAUAUUAUAUAUAUAUAAUAUAUGUCUAUAUAUCAUAUAUAUGUACACAUAUCUAAUUUUUUUUAUUAACAUUAACUUUCAUUUUUUUUAUGAUUUUACACUAGCAGGGAGACUGCCUGUCAGCACAGACAGUCCCCCUGCAGGCAGACACAUGGACACCUAUUGUGACCAUGUGACUACUCUGUUGAGCGGUCACAUGGUCACAGGGGUCCUAAUCCACCAUGGGGAGACUGUCUGGACUGCAGGCAGUCUCCCCACACCGGGAGCACCGCCGAUCGCCGGCGAUCGGGUAAGUACAUAAGACCGUUAGGACGAUUCAGGACCAUCACCGGUCGGCAAUGGAAAAAUGCAGAUGAUGGUCCUGAACCAUCCUCAGUCGUUAAGGGGUUAAUGUUAUCUCACAAAUAUUAAUAUUAUAGCCAAAUUUACCACCCUAAAUCCUCCCACAGUUUUUACACUACAUAGACAGAAAUAUACCAAAACGUGUGGAUUGUUCCCGAUUGGAUUGCUAUUACUUUGUGGAACGUUUCACCGAAUGGAUCACGGAAUAUCAUCGUUCUUGUGGCGAAAUUGGUCUCAUAGGAAUGAAUGGCAAAAUUUUCAAAACUAGAGUGGGAGCUGACAAAAGCUGAAAAAUCAGGACAUGAUUUCUAAACUGCCACCACUCCUUCAUUUUCAAGCCCACCUACACAAAUCUUAUAUCAAAACGUUCCGCUAUCCCUGCUGCCACUAAAAGCCAUAGUCCACAGCUAAGCCAUAGUCCUGAUAGUUUUCACAAUAUGACCAUUUGUUUGCAACUCACGCCGUCCAUUGACAUUCAUUGAAACUCCACUCUAGCCAGCUCAAAUUUGAAGGGCAAUUUCUAAACUGUGACUGUGCCUUAAUUUUUAAUACUUCAGAGACAUACUAUGCAUCACAAUGUAGGUCUGGGUCUUGUGAUUCUCACAAUAUAGAGCUCUUCGCUGUAGAAUUUAUAGUGUUUUUUUUUUUUAAUGGUUUUAAAGCUUCCUGAAAAGCUUAAAGUACUUAAAAAGGACUUAAAGGAUGCCUCAAUGAAGUCUUAAAAAAUUAAUUUCAGGUCAAUAAAUACUAAAACAGGUGUUCCACUUAUCUACUGCAGUUUCUAACCUAAUGAAAUCUCUAAAUAGUACUACUCUGGUUUUUAGUAUUAGCAGUUUAAUUGGAUUAAGUGGAUUAAAGUGUCCAAAUUAAACAUCUGUCAGGGUAUAGAGUCUAAAUGACUGAACAUUGUUGCUAAUGCUUAACUUGUGUUUCUUAUUAUUCAGGUACGAUAUAAUCCCUGUUCCAAUAGCUACAGUCAGAGGAACUUUGAAAUGUACUUUAACCCUUGGAUAUACGGAUAGUGCCGGUUUUUCUUAUGUCGGCCUGCAGGUUGAUGGAAAUGGAAAUCUUGACGUACAGGUGCUGGGUGGAGUAACGUAAGUAUUGCCAACAUUGCAUUUCAUAAAAUUAACAUUGUGUCAUUUCCAUACUUGGGAACAAUGGUGGGAAGGUAUUUAGUGAAUGAAAAACCACAGAAGAUUUGGUAUCAUUGAGUUAUGUUUGUUAUGGGGACAGUCAGAAAUGAUUAGUAAUAUUGCUAUUUAAAGAGGGAACCUAUACAAGGUUAGAGAGUAAUGUCCUAGACAUCACUUAUCACAAUCAUAUUUGCGUUUUGUCCAAGUUAUUUAACUAUGCAAAGGAAUAAAAUGUUCAACAAAGUAAAUCCAUCAUAAUAUAAGGUAGUAAGAUAGUUCAUAAAAUGGAUCUGUUACAUCAAACAUAAGCUCUAUUGAUUACACUUUCAUUCUUCUAUCUGAAUCUGCUCUUAUUUUCUUUAUUUCUGAUCUAUUUUUCAUUCAUAGGGAUUACUUUGUCUUGUUUAAUUUUUCUAUGUCUGACAAAUCUUGACAAAGUGUGGAGUUUAAGGCAAGCUCCACUUCCUUUGUCAAGUUUGUCAAGUUUGUCAAGCUAAUAAAGCAAUUGGAGCUUACUUUAAGCUCCACCCAUUCUCAAGGUUUAUCAGGCCUAGGGGAAAUACAUAAGCAAAGUAGUCCCUAUGUGCCUUGUUAAGUAUCAGAUAAAAAUGACAGUUUAAUACAUUGUAUACAGUUUUGCUAUCACUUUGUUGCUAUUGCGACAAUUUAAACAGCAUGUGGUUGAGUGAUUUACCAGGGAGCAGCUCAGUUGUCACUGUUUGGAAUCUUUGCGAGGAGACGUUAAAGUCAGCCUGCGGGUUAAAAGUGGCGACAAGUUUGGAAACCUGUCAGUAAACAGAAGUUGCAACUAAACACCCUUUGCUGUUAACCCCUUAAGGACGGCAGGCAUUCUAUGCCAUACUUUUUGGGGCAGUCCUAAACGCCGGUGGGCGGCAUAGAACAUCCCCACCAUUCUUACUACUUACCGGAUCCCCGCCAUUCCCCAGACAGCAGUCGCGAUCCUGGGGUCUGCCUGGGAGCUCAGACAGACCCCCUCUGCCCAAUCCGGCCCCCCCGGCCAUGUGAUCGCUGGGUCCUCACGAUCACAUGGCCGGAAUAGCCGGAAUAGCCGGCUUAUGCAGUGUCUGCAGGGGACCUGCCUGAGCUUUCAGGCAGUCCCCCUCAUACCUGUAAAAAUGUUUUAAAAAGUUAUUAAAAGUUAUUAAACAGUGUUUAAAUUAAAUAAAAAGUACUUAUAUACACAUACACAUACAUACAUACAUACAUCAUUAAUAAAAGAGUAUUUUAAUAUUAAUAUAUACAAUUAUAUAUAUAUAUAUAUAUAUAUUAAUAUUAAAAUACUCUUCGAAUAACAUUAUACAUAUAUAUAUAAAAUAAAAAAUAAUAAUUAAAAAUUAAAAAAUUAAAAUUGAAAAAAUUAUACCAGUGUUAAUUUGUUCUAACUGUAUUUUGAUAUUAAUAUACAUAUAUUAAAUUCAAAAUUCAUUUAGGAUGUCAUUAUAAAUACAUGUAUAUGUAUCUAUCUCUAUCCAUAGAGCUAUAUAUCAAUAAAAAUAUACAUAUACAUAUAUAUUUAAAUUCUACAAAUAUAUUUAUAUAAUAUUUUUACAUAAUUAAGUCAUUUUAUUAAUUUCAAUCUGAGGGACCUGCCCGACAUUCCAGGCAGAAAGUCCAGAGAAUUUGGCUCGCAAGCCCUAUAUUUAACCCUGUAACUUUCUAUGACACACGAAAACCUGUACGUGGGGAGUACUGUUUUACUCAGUAGACUUCGCUGAACACAAAUAUUAGUGUUUAAAAACAGUAAAACAUAUCACAACGAUGAUAUUGUCAGUAAAAAUGCAAUUUUUUUUAGCAUAUUUCACACACUAACUUUACUUUCACUGACGAUAUAAUUGUUGUGAUACGUUUUACUAUUUUUAAACACUAAUAUUUGUGUUCAGCAAAGUCUUCUGAGUAUAACAGUAACUCCCAUGUACAGGUUUGGUUACUGAGUCAAAUAUAAGGCUUGAAUUUCCUUUUUAUUUACAUUGAAUUUGCCAGAUUGGUUAUGUUGCCUUUGAGACCGUAUGGUAGCCCAGGAAUGAAAAUUACCCCCAUGAUGGCAUACCAUUUGCUAAACACGACAACCCAAGGUAUUGCAAAUGGAGUAUGUUCAGUCUUUUUUAGUAGCCACUUAGUCACAAACACAGGCCAAAAUUAGCGUUCAAAUUAGUUUUUUGCAUUUUUCACACACAAACAAAUAUUAACACUAAAUUUGGCCAGUGUUUGUGACCAAGUGGCUAAUAAAAAAGACUGGACAUACCCCAUUUGCAAUACCUUGGAUUGUCUACUUUUGUAAAUGGUAUGCCAUCAUGUGGGUAAUUUUCAUUCCUGGGCUACCAUACGGUCUCAAAGGCAACGUAACCAAUCUGGCGCAUUUCAAUGUGAAAAAACUGAAAAAUGUAACAUUCUAUAUUUGGCCCUGUAACUUCACAAAACACCAUAAAACCUGUACAUAGGGGGUACUGUUUUACACGUGAGACAUCGCUAAAUACAAAUAUGUGUAUUUUAUUGCAGUAAAAGCAAACAGUAUUAUGACACUCACAGUUAAAAUGUCACAUAGAACUAAAAAAAAAAAUGUAUUCUUAUUUUUUCCCAUUUUUUUUUAUAUCUUUUUCAUAUUAAACUAUGUUUCAUACCUAAAUAUUUGAUGUUAAAUGAAAGCCCUGUUUCCCCUGAAUAAAAUGAUAUAUAAUAAGUGUGGGUAUAAUAUGAAAGAGGCGAAUUACGCCUGAACAGACAUAUUGUUUUUGUUUACGUUUUGUUUUGAUCACAACAUGUACAUUUGGCUCAGUCCUUAACCCCUUAAGGACUGGACUGUUUUUGCGAUGUUGUACAUUUGCGACCAGGCAUAUUUUUACACUUUUGUGGUGUUUGUGUUUGGCUGUAAUUUUCCGCUCUCUCAUUUACUGUUUCCAUACAAAUUAUAUAUUGUUUUUUUCAGGACAAAAGGGGCUUUCUUUACAUACCAUUAUUUAUAUAGUCUCAUGUAGUUUAAUUUAAAAAAAAAAUGAUGAAAAAUUUAAAAAUAUCCCUGUUUUUUGACUUUUACUUGAAAAAUCUUUUACUCAUCUACAAAAGCGAAUGAAAAAAACUGCUAAAAAGAUGUCACUAUUGAUACAUUUUUAAAAUUUAUCAAUAGUGACAUUGUAACACUAUUAUCUGUCAUAAUUCUCUGAAUAACACGCCACAUGUACAUAUUUUUUUUAAAGUAGACAACCCAGGGUAUUCAAUAUGGGGUAUGUCCAGUCUUUUUUAGUAGCCACUUAGUCGAAAACACUGGCCAAAAUAAGCAUUCAUAUUUGUUUGUGUGUGAAAAAAGUAAAAAAACUAAAUUGAACACUAAUUUUGGCCAGUGUUUGUGACCAAGUGGUUACUAAAAAAGACUGGACAUACCCCAUUUGCAAUACCUUGGGUUGUCUUCUUUUGCAAAUGGUAUGCCAUCAUGGGGAUAAUUCUCAUUCCUGGGCUACCAUACGCUCUCAAAGGCAACGUAACCAACCUGGCCAUUUUCAAUGUAAAAAUAUUUGACCCAUAUAUUUGACCCUGUAACUUUCGAAAAUUCUAUAAAACCUGUACAUGGGGGGUACUGUUUUACUCGGGAGACACUGCUGAACACAAAUAUUAGUGUUUAAAAACUGAAAAAAGUAUCACAACAAUUAUAUCAUCAGUAAAAGUGCUGUUUGUGUGUUAAACACUAAUAUUUGUGUUCAGCAAAGUCUCCCGAGUAAAACAGUACCCCCCAUGUACAGGUUUUAUGGUGUCUUGGAAAGUUAUAGGGUUAAAUAUAGUGCUAGCAAAUUAAAUUCCCUUUGCUUUCAGCAUGGGUUGUCAGGCAGGUCCCGCUAAUUGUAAUUAAUUAAGAUAACUAAUUAUGUAAAAAUAUUACAUAAAUAUAUAUGUAGAAUUAAUAUAUGUAUAUAUAUAUGUAAUUGUACGCCCUCCGGUCUUAAGGGGUUAAGGGGCUGAUAGCAACAACUUGACAUAUAUUUACAAAUGAUAUUGAAAAUGAGCCGUUACUAUGAUUUAAUGCACAACUGUAUAUUUAGGCUCUUUUAGUAUGGCUAAAUACUUGCAAAAACAUAACAUACAGGGAUAUAAUUUCUAAUUAGUGGGGUAAUAGCUGCUUGAUCCAAGGAGACAUCUGACUGCUAUUUUGGGGUUAAGAAGGAUUUUUUUCCUAGUUUGUUGCAAAUCUAGAAGCGCCUCAGACUAGAUUUUUUGCCUUCUUUUGGAUCAACGGCAAAAACAUAUGUGAGGAAGGCUGAACUUGGUGGUCGCAAGUCUCUUUUCAGCUAUGUAACUAUGUAACUAUGUAACACGGUUAUCAUGCAUUGCAAGUUAUUUAGUUUUUGUGUGUAAGAGAUCUCCGAGGUUUCAAAAGCUUCUGUCGGCAAUCUGAUGCUCUACAGAAAACUGAUUUUUAGUAGCUACACGCAAUUGCUGUUGUAUGUUUAGUAUUCAUAAUGAGUCACUUUCUAAGCAACUGAUUCAACUUUGUUAUUUCUUUUCAGAAUUACUUCGGCAGGAAUAGAUACUCUUUAUGUAGACCUUCUAAAAAAUCUUACCAGUAAGGUAUGUUAUAUUGCUGAGAAUACCAACUAAUAGUUCGCCAUUAGGGUGAUUAGUUUAUGUAAUGACUUGUGCAUGUGAGUUACCUUAUUUAUUAUUUAAUUUUAAAUGUUUUUUUUUGUAAGAUAUGCUUUAUUGAUAGCUAUAUAUUUAUACUGCACCAGACUGCCUAUUCUGUUAUUCAGAAAAUGUAACAAAGAUUUUCAGUAAGUUAUGUUAUAUUGUUAAAGGACCACUCUAGGCACCCAGACCACUUCAGCUUAAUGAAGUGGUCUGGGUGCCUGGUCCAGCUAGGGUUAACCCAUUUUUUAAUAAACAUAGCAGUUUCAGAGAAACUGCUAUGUUUAUGAAUGGGUUAAGCCUUCCCCCUAAUCCUCUAGUGGCUGUCUCAUUGACAGCCACUAGAGGCGCUUGCGUGCUUCUCACUGUGAUUUUCACAGUGAGAGCACGCAAGCGUCCAUAGGAAAGCAUUGUAAAUGCUUUCCUAUCACAGGCUGAAAUGCGCGCAGCUCUUGCCGGCGUGCGCAUUCAGCCCAGGAGGAGGAUCGGAGGAGGAGAGGAGGCAGAGAGCUCCCCGCCCAGCGCUGGAAAAAGGUAAGUUUUUAACCCUUUCCCCUUUCCAGAGCCGAGCGGGAGGGGGUCCCUCAGGGUGGGGGCACCCUCAGGGCACUAUAGUGCCAGGAAAACGAGUAUGUUUUCCUGGCACUAUAGUGGUCCUUUAAGAACUUCGACAUUGACACAGGAAGGAAAGGGCUAGAUUUUCAGGUGGAAUCUCUGGUACGGAAGUCUAACUGAUCUGUGUUUAUUAACCAGCACCAUAAUAAAUCACAAGUACUUAGGUCGAGUAAAGUUCUAAGAGGGGUAGCGACCAUCUCAAAGGGAAUAGUCUACUUUCUCCAUUUUGUGUAAUAGGGGAAGAACCUGCCACAGCAGUGUUAAGUAGUGUGUGUAACUAUCUAAAUUAAGUAUGAGUGUCCAAGAUUUCAAAAACGAAAAAAAAAAAUCUUUGUUAUUACACAUUUUUAGAUAAAGACAUUAAUUACCAAUUCAUACUAAAAAUGUUGAAAAAAUAAACAAACUUAGAAAUGUACAAAUUAAAAAUAGACCUCUGUCCCUUUUUCCUUUUGUUUGUUUUAUUUCCUAUCCACUAAAAUGCCUGCAUUCCUAUUCCCAAAUUAUAGCUGGUUUGUAUUAAUAGUUUUGAAGUGAGGUGCAAACAAUCGAGUGAUAACGUUACAAGAUUUUGUCCAAAAUAUCAAAUUCUGAAAACUCAAUCAUGUUAGAAGUUUAAAAAAAUAAUAAUUUUGCCCAUUGCAGAAUAAAUUGUGCAAUUAUGUAGAGAAUAUAUCACAAUUAGAGUAGAGUUUGUACCGAACAUUAAGUUUUUUGGACCCUGGACCGAACACAGACAUAUCACUGUAUGUUCGGGUUUGGAGUUCGGCGAUUUAAUGGCAUGUUUUCAAAGGCUGCAGGGCAGCCAAUCAACUUGUGUGCCAUUAGAAGCCAUCACAGCCAUGCCUACUAAUGGCAUGGCUGUGAUUGGCCAGUGCAGCAUGUAACCCAGCCACAAUAUAUAAACUGGAGUCGCGUAGCGCCGCACGCAUAUGAGCUCUUAUUAGUGUAGGGAGAGAAUGCUGCCGCUGUGACAGCUUAGGAAAGAAUUCUUCAAACUAGUACAUUAGUGGGGUGCACUUCAUAUCUGAGAGUUAAAUAGAAGCAUCAAAUACUGCUGUCACAUUGCAGUUUUAAAACUUUAAAUUUUUUGGGUGCUAAACUGCUAAAUAGUAUUUUAGUGGGGUGCACUUCCUAUCUGAGAGUCGAAUCGAAGCGUCUAAUAGUGUGCUUACAGCGCAGUUGUAAAAAUUCUAAUUUUCUGGGUGCUAAUCUGCUAAAUAGUACAUUUUGGGGCCUGCUCUUCAUAUCUGAGAGACAAAUAGAAGUGUCAAAUAGUGUGCUUACUGCACAGUUGUAAACAUUCUAAUUGUUUUCCUGCUUAUCUGCUGGAGUUUUAAAAAGUCAAUUUAAAAAAAAAAAUAGUAUAUUUGAGGUGUUCACUUCAUAUCUGAGAGUUAAAUCGAAGCGUAACUUUGAUUCAAAUUUACUACAUCGGUCACUUGUAAUAUUGUUUCACACCUACAACACUUGUUACACAGAUCUAAGUGAUAGAAAACAGAUUGAUAUUUUCUACACUAGAAACUACCAGAUAACAAGCUGCUAUAUUGAAACCAGUUAUCAAUAGCUAAGAGGUACUUCAACAGUAUUGUAAUUCUGGAGCAAUACCCUCACAAGUCAAACUGAGAAGUCAGUUUAUAGGGAAAACUGUUGCCUGGAUACAAUUCUAAAACAAUUUCCAUAUGUCCUUUGCAGACUUUACAUGCUAGAAAAACACAGGUGCCAUCUGCGGUGGCUUUCUGCAGUGUGCAUACCAGCAAGGAGGGCAGGGUUGAGGAGUCGGUGGAAGAUGAUGUGUAGGAUGAUGAGGUCCUAGACCCCACAUGGAAUCAAGGUCAUGCGAGUGACGUGUGCAGUUUGGAGAGGCACCAGCACAGCAUAAGAGGGAGCAGGGUGCAAAAGCGGAGCAGCCAUCCCCUAGUGCUCGUCAGCAUGUAUUAGCUCGAGAAUUACCAGGUAUCCAAGUAAUACAUGUAGCGAUCAAAGGAUCCAUAAUAGAGUUGUGCGAACCCGAACAGCAAAGUUCAGGUUCAUACCAGAUUUAGCGAUUCAUUCGUAGUUUUACAGUCAGGUGGGCAGUCCGGUGACCAGGACCCAGACACUGUCUGGGUGGCAGUUGGACGACCGGGACCCAGUAUGCCUGAUGUUGAAGUUAGGAGUCACAGUGUGGAAUGGAUUAGCAGGGUCUGGUGGAGGGUAACCGCACGCCCCUGGUGUUGAGCACCAGCGUUUGUGCGGCCACAUACCAGGACCCUGAUGCAGCUUAAGUAAAAAGAGUACUGGAUACCAGAAGCCAUCACCAGACUGAUCCGCAACUUGGAACAGGAUGUGACAUUCACUGUAGCGGCUGUGCAUGCUUUUGGCGUUCUCACCCUGCUGCUGCUCGCCUGUCUUCGCUGCAGCGUAACUUCGGCCUUCCCGCUCGCCACCUCAUGAGCGAGCAGCAUCAGGCGACAGUGGAGUUUCAGCUGCAGCACGCACGGGUCAGUGGCUUUGCACCAGACUUCCCUACAGUUGAUCAAAGUUAAAGGAUUACAAGUAGACUCAUUACAAUUACAGGGCCUCUAAAGAGUCCUGUAUUGUUAUUUGUCGUCACUACCUUCCCGCGUCAGGAGUGGGUCAUUUGUGUGCUUGCUGCCUUCCUUGCAUAUGGUAGCCGUUUCUCAGGGUCCCUGUACGGAAUGGAACUCUGAUUCCCCGUUACCCUUGGUCACCAUAGUAGGUGCAGAAACUGGCAUCGAAAGUUGAUAUGGAUGACAUCCGAAUGCAAAGUCGCUGUCACGGGGAUGUGCAAUUGUCCCGAGGUUGCCUGCGCAACUAUUAUGUCAACAGCUAAUCUGCGGAACAGAGUUGUCUUUUUUUUAUAUUUCCCAAUAUUUUGGGGGAUACCCCAAUUAAAAUACAUAUAUAUAUAUAUAUAUAUAUAUAUAUAUAUAUAUAUAUAAAAGACAGUGUUGGCUACCUCAUCCUCCUCCUCCACCGCUGCUUCCACCUACACCGCCACGGUCACCGCUUCCUCAACCUAUGGGUCACUUAGUAUAAACUAUGUACACAUUAGCAGAGGCUUGUGAAGGCCUUUUCUCCAUGCAUCAGGAGUUGAGCAUUUCUCCAUGCAUCAGGACUGCAAGAAAUGCACCGCAGGCCACACAUGUUUCUAUUUUUGUAUGUCCCAAUAUUUUGUGGGCUACCACAAUAAAAAAAUAAAAAAAUAAAAAAUAGUAUUUGCUACCUCAUCCUCCUCCUCCACCACUGUUUCCAGGGCCACCAUCAGGGCAUGACAACCAUGACUGUUGUCAUGGGCCCGGCAGUCCUGGGGGGCCCGGACUGCUCAGGGCGUCCCGGGCCCCACAUUAGCUAUGUGCACACAUAUAUAGUGAUUAACGCUAUAUAUGUGUGCACUUCGGGCCCUCCCGCUACCUUUAUUCUGCAGGGGGCCCGGCACACUUGAAAUUAAUUUCCCAGAUACUCUGCUCUGUCUAAAUCUCACUGUGGGCUACCAUGGCAAUGCUCCGCACGGCUCGCGAGACUUCGACAGAGCAGAGUAGCUGGGAAUUAUAUUUCAAGUGUGCCGGGCCCCCUGCAGAAUACAGGUAGCAUGAGGGCUGCACCAUGCCACAUGAUCUCCCCCCUCCAUGGCCAAAGGUAAGACACAGGGAGGGGUGGAAUAAAACAUUACAAUUAAUGUAAGAAAAAAAAUGCUGUAGGCUUUCCCCCCCACAUUAUGCAGCCCCAUAUAUUUACACACACUAAACAGCAACAUUUACACACACUAUUCACUAACAUUUACACACACUAUACACUAACAUUUACACACACUAUAUACUAACAUUUACACACACCAUUCACUAACAUUUACACACACUAUACACUAACAUUUACACACACUACAUCCUUACACAGACAUACACUCUGCAGUCACUACACACACACUACAUCCUUACACAAACACACACUCUGCAGUCACUAAACACACUACAUCCUUACACACUCACACACUCUGCAGUCACUACACACACUACAUCCUUACACACACACUCUGCAGUCACUAUACACACAUUAAAUACUUACACAAACACACUAUGUAGUCACUAUACACACACUACAUCGACUACACAAAGACACACUCUGCAUUCAGUAUACACACACUACAUCCAGGCACCGGGGGCCCAGACCUUGAGCUGUGUCAGGUGCCCCAAAAGUUCUGAUGGCUGCCCUGGCUGCUUCCACCUACACCACCACAGUCAGGAGUUGUGAAUUACUCCAUGCAUCAGGACUGCAAGAAAUGCACCGCAGGCCACAAAUGUUUCUUUUUUUUGUAUGUCCCAAUUAAAAAAAAAAAAAAACAGUGUUGGCUACCUCCUCCUCCUCCUCCACCACCGCUUCCACCUACACCGCCACGGUCACCGCCUCCUCAACCUAUGGGUCACUUAGUAUAAACUUUACACAAUAGCAGAGGCCUUUUCUCCAUGCAUCAGGAGUUGAGCUCAGUUUGAACAAUGAAAGACAAUACCCUGCACUCCAACCCUCUCUCAAAUGGAUAAUUCUGGUGAUCCUCCUGACAGCCAUGCUUUAGAUUUUGCUUUAUGUUCUUCCAAAGCUAAAAUCAAAGAUUCCAUCUAGUGCUAUUUUAUAGCUCAGCUGUAUUUUUAAUUUUUAUGUAAUUUUAAGUGAUUUCCCUAUCCACGUUUGUUUGCAGGGCACUUGUCCUACUCUUACCCCCAUUUUACUUCCUUUUGCUGCCCUCUAGCCAUUUCCAGGACUUUUUUAGAAUCAUUUUUGUGGCCAAAAGUUCGGAUCCCCUUUAAAGUAAAGUUCGAUCACGAACCCGGACUUUUUUUCAAAGUUCGGCCGAACCCGCUGGACCCGAACCUCAAGGUGUCCGCUAAACUCUAAUCACAAUAGGUUUAUGAUUUCUAUUACUUAUUUAAUAAAUUACAUCAGAGUAUUUCAUUAUCGGUUUAAAAAUCUUGUGAUUUUGUCAUAAACAAGAAAAAAACAUAUCUAAAUCUGACAUAAAAUUCUGAUGCAAAGAGUAUAUUAAAUAUGUUAUAAUAAUUCUGUUUCUCCCCCUUAGUUGGAGGGUCCUGCAAAAACUUCCAUCAGAAAAAUUAAGGACAACUCUUCUAACCAAG